GGAGGAUGAUCCCAAGGCUCUGAAGGGGCGAGAAGCGAGGAAGGAAGUGAGAGAGAGCCAGGGACGAGAAUCGGCUUCGGGACCUCGCGGGCGAAGGGUCUCUGCCACUCCGUUUUCUUUGAGGAAGACCAACACAAAAACGAUCAACAAUGGCGGAAGCAGCAGCAAGCGAGGCGCAUUUAGAUGAAUCAACUACUAACCAAAAGGACACCAAGGCCUCCAAAGAAAACGUCCGAGACAGCUGGGAAAACCACUGCGAGUUCAUGCUGUCUGCCAUCGGCUAUGCUGUCGGCCUGGGCAACGUGUGGAGAUUCCCGUACCUCUGCUAUAAGAACGGUGGCGCGGCUUUCCUCAUUCCCUACGUCACCAUGCUGUUCUGCGCCGGCCUUCCCCUGUUCUUCAUGGAGCUCGUCCUCGGCCAGUACGCGAGCCUCGGGCCCGCCAUUCUCUUCCCGAAACUGGCGCCGGUCUUCGUGGGCCUCGGCUGGGGCAUGCUGGUGAUGACGGCCCUCUUCUGCGUCUACUACAACAUCAUCGUGGCGUGGGUCCUCUUCUACAUCUUCGCCUCCUGCACUGGGUCCCUGCCGUGGGCGACCUGCGACGGCGACUUCAACUCUGUGGAGUGCUACAGCCAGGACGCAGCCGCAGCGUGCAGGAAUGAGUCCCUGUUCUUCUACAACAAGACCUGCGUCACCGUCGACGAGUACUGUGGCCUGCGAGGCCUCGGCGCGCACAAUGCAAGCCACUGUUUCGACCCGAGGAACGAAUCCUUUGGUUUUUCUGAAGCUGAAGGAAGUAUCCCGAGGAUCUCGCCAACUGAGGAUUAUUUCAGGAACCGCAUGCUCGGCGUGAAAGGGCGCUCCUGGGAGGACAUGGGCGGCAUUCGCUGGGAGCUCGUAGGAUGCCUGGCCCUCGCCUCCAUGCUGGUGGCUGCCAGUCUCAUUAAGGGCAUCAAGUCCUCGGGAAAAGUGGUGUACGUCACUGCCACCUUCCCUUAUGCGGUGCUGUUGAUUCUUCUUAUCAGAGGGGUCACUCUCGAAGGCGCUUACACGGGCAUCGAGUUCUACUUCCUGAAGCCCGACCUGUCCCGCUUGAAGGAGGUGGAGGUGUGGAGUGAUGCUGCGACCCAGAUCUUCAUCUCGGCCGGAGUGUCGUUCGGGAGCAUCAUGACUCUGUCGUCCUAUAACAAGUUUAGCAACAAUUGCAUGAGAGACGCCAUCGUGAUCACCAUCACCAACUGCUCGACGUCCGUGUUCGCCGGCUUCGUCAUCUUCAGCAUCCUGGGCUUCCUGGCGACGGAGCUCGGCGUGGACAUUAAGGACGUCGUGUCCUCAGGCUCCGGCCUGGCCUUCAUCGUGUACCCGGCCGCUGUGACGCUCAUGCCCGUGUCGCCGCUGUGGGCCAUCCUGUUCUUUGUCAUGCUGUUAUCGCUUGGCUUGGGGACGCAUUUCUCGAUGUUCGAAUCCGUGAUGACGGCUUUGUGCGACAAGUUCGAAUCCCUGCGCUCGAGGAAGCCCCUCCUCGUCGUCGUUUCCUGCGGCGUCAUGUUCCUGCUGGGGACGACUAUGUGCCUCGAGGGCGGCGUCUUCCUGUUCGAGGUGUUCGACUGCUACGCCGCAGGACUCGCGAUCCUUGUCCUGUCCAUCAGCCAGCUGGUAUGCGUCCAGUACGUCUACGGUUUUAGGAAUUUUAUGAAGAUGAUUGAGGAAAUGGGCAUCACCAUUCCGCGUCCUCUGCGCCUCUACUGGUCUGUCACGCUCACGACGGUCACGCCCGUUGUGCUCACGGUCAUCUUCUUCCUCUCCGCCUACGACUUCACUCCCGCCUCCUGGAGCGACUACCUGCUGCCUCCAAGCGCCCAGGUCCUUGGCUGGUUCAUCACCGCUGCUUCUGCCGGCAUUGUCCCAGUAGGCGCCGUCCUCGCCCUCUGGAAGCGCAGGUCCUCCUUCAGGAGCUUGUUUCGCGUCUCUGCUGACUUCUGCCCCGCCCACGAGCGCAAGAGAGUCGCCCAGCAGGUGAAGCAGGAAGCAGGUCCUGAGGCCAAGUAUUCAGGGUCUCAGGUUUACCGCAAUGAGGGUUUCGCGAGCGAGGACGUGUAGGGGCUGGCACUGUAUUCUCAAGCUUAUUAUUUAACUGCGCCUUCCUCUUAUUAUUCAACUUCUUCUUUAGGAUGACGUUUAUUUAUUAGCAUUUCCAAAAUCUUAAGUGCCGGGAUGGCAUGACACCCCUGCCAUGUCCAUUGUGAUUUUAGUUUAUUAUUUGUGUUUACCCAGAGAUUCCUUCACGAGUGCUUCUUUUUGUGUAUAUUAAUAAUAUGGUGAUAAUGACAAUCAAUUAUAUUAAUAACAACAUCAAUAUUGGUGGCAUUAAAAAAAAAAAAAAAAACGCAAAUUCAAGGGAAGAAGGAAUCGGGUGAGGUCACAAGUUCACAAGGGAUUAAACUGGGUUAAAAGUUUGUGAAUUAAAUCCAGUAUCGUUAUUGUUAUGAUCACUGUAUAAUUGCUAUAUAUAUAUAUAUAUAUAUAUAUAUAUAUAUAUAUAUAUAUAUAUACAUAUAUAUAUAUAUAGAGGCCAUGCAAAGACAACGGUCGUGUAAUUUUGUGUUCAGAUUGUUUAUAUUCGUUUCCCUCUUUAUAUCACUACGUUCAUUGUUAUUGUGCUUCUACAAGAUGAUGUCGCUUUGUUUAUGUUGAAAAACAAAUUGAUCUCAGAGAUUUGGUGUAGACAUGAGUGCAUUGAAUAUAAUUACGAUUGUCUUGAAUUAUGUCUAUAUUUUCCUUGAAAAAAUAAUUAACAACUUGUAUGCAA